CUUCCGGGGUUCAGAGUCUGUUCCAUAGUCUGAGCUGCUGCACACCAUGCAUAGGGUACGGGUCGUGCUCGGUCAUCUUCCGGGGAAUUCCCGAGGACUGCGGGCUGAGUGCACCUCAGCACCCGGGGAGAGAGCCGAGGACAUUGUCAUUGUGCACGGCCGAAGGACCCCGAUCUGCAAAGCCAAGAGGGGGGGCUUUAAGGAAACAACACCCGAUGAGCUCCUGUCUUCUGUUAUGAGCGCUGUUCUAAGGGAUGUCAAUCUGAAGCCUGAGUUGAUUGGGGACAUCUGUGUUGGGAAUGUGCUACAGCCUGGAGCAGGAGCUCUGCUGGCAAGAGUUGCCCAGUUUUUCAGUGGGAUCCCAGAGACCGUCCCCUUAUCUUGUGUGAACAGGCAAUGUUCCUCCGGCCUGCAGGCUAUCAUCAACAUAGCUGGUGGCAUCAGGAAUGGUUCGUAUGACAUUGGAUUGGCAUGUGGGGUUGAGUCUAUGAGCCUUGCGAGUGUUGGAAAUCCUGGAGACAUUAGUCCUCGUAUAGUGGAUAAUAGUAACGCCAGGGACUGCCUGAUCCCCAUGGGGAUCACCUCCGAGAACGUGGCUGAAAGGUUUGGCGUCACCAGGCAGAAACAAGACGCAUUUUCUUUGGCAUCGCAACAAAAGGCUGCAGCAGCACAAAGAUUAGGCCACUUCACAGCUGAAAUCGUUCCUGUAACCACCACAUUCACCGACGACCAGGGUAACACAAAAACCAUAACCGUGAGUGAAGAUGAGGGUAUUCGGGCUAGCACCACCCUGGAGGGGCUGGGAAAGCUCAGACCAGCCUUUAAGGAAGGUGGAACCACUACUGCUGGAAACUCCAGUCAGGUCAGUGAUGGAGCCGCCGCAGUUUUGCUGUCGAAACGCUCCACAGCUAUGCAGUUGGGUCUCCCUAUUUUGGGGGUGUUAAAGUCCUUUGCAGUAGUCGGAGUUCCCCCUGAUGUUAUGGGGAUAGGGCCAGCGUAUGCUAUACCUGUGGCAUUGAAAAAAGCAGGUCUAACGGUUCACGACAUUGAUGUGUAUGAAAUUAAUGAAGCAUUUGCCAGCCAGGCCGUAUAUUGUGGGGAGAAAUUGGGAAUCCCAAUGGAGAAAAUUAACCCCAAUGGUGGAGCUAUAGCACUUGGACACCCCCUGGGCUGCACAGGAACCCGGCAGACAGUCACUUUGCUGAAUGAACUCAAACGGAGGGGUAAACGGGGACUUGGUGUCGUAUCAAUGUGUAUUGGAACUGGAAUGGGAGCUGCAGCUGUGUAUGAAUAUCCUGGAAAAUGAAAUUGAUGAUGAUCAGAGUCUCUGUGGACCAAACAUUGUUCUGUCUGCAAAUAUGAAUGUAUGUGAUCUAUUAUCUGGAAUUUUCUGUAAUUUGGAGCACCAUGCCUAAAAUAUAAUUUACAGUUAGAUACCACCGGUUUAAUAAGGUGGGCACUCCCAGGGGCUGAUUCCCUAAAAUUGAGCCUUACAGUCCGGACUUGCUGAUUUCUGUUUGCAGCCCCAUAGGGAGUAUGUGAAGAAUAGAUGGCCAACUGCAGAAUAGAGAGAUAAACUGAAAAUAUGGUCCAAUCCUUACUUGGAUUUAAGGCAAGCCUUAAGAUAUCCUACAUAAAUGGCAUGCUGCACCUGCAGAAUUGUAACUGGAGGGAUUGUUAAUCUGCUAAUUAUGUAAUAUUGUUACAAUGAUUUGUACAUAUGUAUUGACCUUAAUUUUUUAUGAGCACUUCAUAACGAAUAUAUCAGAUAUUGUAAGACAGUCUGAGACAUGUUUUAAUAUUUGACUGUACUGCAAAUAAAUUGUAAAAAUAAAUAGCAAUAUGUAACAUGCA